AUGAAGGAUUUUGUGGGGUUACAGUCAUCUUUCUUUUUGUGUGUGCUUUUGGCUUUUUCUGAGCAAGAGUCAGGUACGAGGGUGAUUCUCGUGUUUUUGUUCUGGGCUGUGGCUGAGCCAACCCUACUCGAUCAAGAUCAUUUUUGGCAUUCUGAUGAAGUGUCUCUGGGAACUGGUUGUCUUGUAACUGACGUAACUGAGAAGGGAUAUGUGUUUAAUUGUCCUGUCACUGAAUAUGGGAGUCAGAAAGAGCUCAUCAUGUUUGGAGACCACUCCAAGCAUCACCAAAACAAUCUUGCAAAGUUCAGAAAUGAUCCUCCCUCUGCCAUUUCUUAUUCUCCCUGGAACAUAACCAACACUUGCCUGUUUGGAUUGCUUCAGAUUCCACAUUUUCAAGACUCCUUGGUAGAGUCAUCCUCCCAGUCACUUCUACUUAAUAUGCCUCAUCCGCUAGUCCAUGAGUACGCAAACAUGGCUAUGUUCUAGGGCAUUCCAUGGCAAUCCUGAUAAUUCUGUUGCUACAGCUUCCUUAAAAUUUAAAUUUUAAAACAAUCACUAUAGA